GGAAGUUUUCGCCCACAGAACAUAUUCUUCUGGUUCAGGCUUGGUUUCAUUCGUCCUCGACAAACUCGUGCUGCGAGGUGGCUGUUGCAUCAUAUUAUCAUGCAGUCUCCCAUCAUCCAAGCACCACACCAACUAUUAAGCAUACUACACAGCAGGACCCACAACAGCAAUAGCUUGGACGCAUGCUUAGAGGGUCUCAUUAAAGUGGAACUAAAACACCACAACUCUCACCUCAGAAACUACUUUUCCAAUCUGUUGGAGUACUCUCAAUAUUUUUGGGCCAUUGGGUAUAACAUCACCGCACUCCUGACGGCUACCACUACUACAAUCUACUUACCACUACUCGUUCUAUUACUACUACUGGAAGAAGAAGAAGAAGACAGCAUGGGCGGAGGAGGCAAUACUGGCAUGAAGAAGCAGCAGAGAUGUUCGUCGUGUCAUUCCUUGACAAGUCUGUGCAACGAGCACAAGAAGCACUGUCAAACACAGACAAGGCCAGAGUUGGAACCCACGGCCCUCUUUCUCUCGUCGUCUCCUACCAGUGUCAGUGCUUUGGGAGCAUCAACACAAGUACCACAAGAACGACUCUACCUGCCUCGCGUGGGUACGGCGCCCUGUUCGCUCGAUGUCUACCUGCAAUCCAUUCCCAGUGUGGCAUCCCGCAGUCAACAGCUGUCAUGCUUGUCAAGCAAAGACAACAAUCAGAACAACAACAUGUCGACGCAACGCUGCUUAAAUGUCUUGCAAGGUGAGGUGGCUCAUGCCACUCCCGCUCAAACCGACGUCUUGGUCAGUGCUGAAGCGACCACGUGUCAUAUUGUCGCCUUGCGAUCGACCCAAGGCCCCGACAGUGUUCCACUGGGUAGCAUUGCCCAUGUCGAUCAAGCACAAGUCUACAAUGAUUGUCUCGAGAAAAUGGUACAAGAACACAUUCAACAUCACAUCAAACAACAUCAACAACAACACGACGACGACUUUGGAUUCUUCAUGGAGGACGACGAUGACGACAGUGACUGUGACGACGACAGUUACUGUGACAACCAUCACAACCACCACAAUCACAACCAUCAAAGUACCAGUUCCUUUUUACCACCCCAAGUCGCUCCUCCUCCGAAACGUCGUCACAGUUCACCUAACGAUACGAUAAAAAUGGAACUUCACAUUGCCGGAGGAUACCUCGAUGACGAAGGAACGUCACAGUCCAUUAGCGACAAUCUCGUACGGACAUUUUCCGAUUUGGCACUCAAAUAUGAAGAUCAGAUUCAAAUGUCACUCAGCACCGCCCCAGUGACUGGCUGUAUCAAAUGA